CACUUUCACUAAGAUAACUCUUGGGAAGUCGUCUGCAACUAUUCAUAUGUUUUUAUGUUAUUCAAUCAAUUCGGUAUGAUGGAGUAAAAAAUUCGGAUUGAUUUCAAUCAUUUCUCAUACUAGAAAUGUCAAGUUUCACGCUGCCUUUCAUUGCCAUUGCAAGACCCGCUCGUCGUAGCUGCAAGAUGUUUCAUGCGCAUAGAAAUUUCAUUACCUUAUCUAGGAAGUUAACUGUAAUUCAAUGUAGUGCAUUACAAUAUACUGGAAGCCAUUCUGCUUGUCCUAGAGUAGUUUCGUCAAGUAACUCAAGUUAUGGAGCAAUUGACCUAGCUAUUCCUAGUCGUGGUUUUCAGUUGCCUGGACUAGGAAUCGGAAACAAAAGAAAAGACUAUUCUGAAAGAAGGUUGUUGGGGUAUUCAAUGGAACAAAUGUACAAUGUUGUGGCCGAGGUGGAGAAUUACAAAAAUUUUGUUCCAUAUUGCAAAAGCUCUGUAGUUACCUCACGAACUUCUGGUCAUCUUAGAGCUGAUUUAGCAAUUGGCUUUCCUCCUUUGUUAGUAGAAAGCUAUACAAGCAGUGUCAUGCUUACCCCACCAAACAUGGUGAAGUCUGUGUGUUCAGAAGGGAAGCUAUUCAACCAUCUUCUUACUAUUUGGAAAUUCAGUCCUGGACUAAAGGGAAAUCCUAAAAGUUGCACAUUGGAUUUUUCCAUUUCCUUUGAAUUUCGGUCUGUACUUCACUCUCAACUGUCACAUGUUUUUUUUGAUCAGGUUGUUAGGCAAAUGGUUACUGCAUUUUUGACAGAGGCUAGGAGACGUUACGGACCAGCGUCAAUUAAUGGUCAAAGGCCACAGAUGUUAUCUACACACGCCUAAUGACUUAAUCAAUAAUCACUAGCUAAAUUGAAAUGUUAAAUAAUAUUGUAUCUAAAUUUGAUGACAUUACACGAAUUGCGACGGCUCAA